AUGUCAAGCCAACAAGCCAUGUUGCAAAUCAGUGGUUUACCGCAGCAAGUGGAGUUAGCACCCCGUGCGAAUGCAGGCACAGCACCGCCCGAGUUUACUCGACGAAAGAACUGGUCUCAAAAUGUGCUUGAAAGUCUUCGGGAUGUGAUCCAUGUCCUCAGCCCAGAGCUCAAGCUCCUUUACUGCUCUCCAGCGUCGCGCGAGUUCCUGGGCUACCAACCGGGCGAAUUAACGGGCCGUGACUUUAGGGAGUACAUCCAUGUGGAUGACAUGGACGUGUUUACGCGCGACUUUCGUGCUGCAGAAAGUUCCGGCUCUUUGUUGCGCACGACGUUCCGUUUCCUUCGUAAAGAUGGCAAGUAUGUUACUCUGGAAACCCGCGGUCAUUUCUACAAGACUGGCUUCUUUGGGUCGGCCCGUAGUGUGCCUUCAGAAAUGACACGUAUGAUGAAUACGUUUUUGGACGCCAAGAUGGAAAAUGAGAUGUUGAAAAAGAAGAUUAUUCAGGCCAGAGCGGCUGCUGCUGCUGCUGCUGCUGGUGGUGGUGGUGUGGCACAGAGGCCUCUGGUUGGCGCUUCACCGCAGACGUCGGUGUCUGAUAUUACUGUGAGCAGCAGUCGUGCCUCUUUCUCGUCGAAUACGCCAGGCACCACGGCAAAGCAACAGCCAUCGUCUUUCAUGGGAAAGGAAGAAGAGGAAGAUGAAGAAGAAGAAGAAGAAGAAGAAAAAGCAGCAGAAGGCGCAGAGGAGAUGUUUGGCGAAGAUCAAUUCGAAGCACUUUUCAAUCCCAAUGUCUACACGCAAGGUGUCCUGAGCAACUAUGAUUUGUCUGCCUCCGUUUCUCUCUUUACCGGUCUUCAUUAUGAUCUGGGUGAACGCUCUCGCGGUAUUUCUAUGGGUAUUCCUGGUGAAUUGUUCAAUGCUUUGUCUUCUACUACUGCUCCAGAGGAUGCAGGUGUUCGGGACGACGAAGAAGGCUCUCGUGAUACUCCCAUGGCAGCCUCAGAAGCUACUGCUGAUAAGCUGAAGGUUGGUAAAAAGAGACGCGCUGAAGAAGAAGCGGAACGUAUUUGUACAGAUUGUGGUAGAACCGAUGCACCUGAAUGGAGACGAGGACCCAAGGGACCCAAAACUUUAUGUAACGCUUGUAGUAUCCGAUGGUCAAAGUCGCAGAAAGGCGGAGGCGCUUCUUCAAGUGCUAUGCAAGAGUAA